GUUACUGUACUGAGAGAAUAAUAAUGUUGACGAGAUUCGUUAUGUAACUUAAUGAUAUAGUCUGAGGACUUGUUUCAGUCUUAACUGUGUCUUAGGCCUAAGUUGGAGCAUUUGAAGACCUACUGACGACCUGUUGAAUGAACUGACGGGGCGAAUACUUCUUCUAGCCUGCGAUUUACCGGCUUUGUACUCAGUUUAGUGGGACUCGAGUUUUCAUUCAGUCGUUCCUUUACGGUCAACGCGAGAGAGUCGGGUUUCAAUUCUCUAAGACUGAUGUGACAGUUUUUCUUCACUCUUGAGUACUGGAAUAACUUUUUGAGAUGCAGUGGCUAGCACUCGUUCUACUAGUGCCCAGCAGUGUAGCUCCCGCGGGGGCGGGUGCAGAUUUGCGGCCCCCGGGGGUGGGAGAGUACCGUGAGGACUAUGGUCUGCUGCCUCCGUUUCUGCGCUUCAAUCGCCGUCAAUACGAAGUGGCUCGUGACCUUGGAUUGGUGGUGGUUGGGAAAACCUCUUCACCGGCUGCCCUCACUCGAGCUGCUAGGAUGGGGAAACUGCAGCCCUUGCGAAACGACACAUUCCCGUGCGACUUGUCGCUUGGCCGAUCCAGCCGUCGUCCGAAGAGCGUGCACGAGCUCCGACCCGGGGACAUCGCCGUGGUGGGGGCGCUGGGGGAGAGUCUGACAGCCGCCAGUGGGGCCACCGCCACUGCUGUACGCCAUGUUUACACCGAGAACAGGGGUUCAGAUUUUUCAGCAGGUGGUCAAGGCUCGUGGCGAGAGUUCUUGACCCUACCGAACAUUGUGAAGGUGUUCAACCCGGACCUGGUGGGUUUCUCGCUGGAUGACUCGUUCACGCACCACCGCGCCUCGCAGUUCAACGUGGCUGAGCCGGCUGCCACCAGUCGCAAUCUGCCGCACAUGGCAUCGGUACUGGUCAAACGCAUCAAGGCUGAUCCACGGGUCGACUUCCACAAUGAUUGGAAGUUGGUAACCGUAAUGAUGGGCAGCAAUGACUUCUGCUUCGACAUGUGCUAUGGUGACUUCAAAUCGGCUCCAGAGAGGCACAGGAAAGACCUUUACAAGCUGUUGGAUUAUCUCAGAGACAAUCUUCCAAGAACCUUUGUCAAUCUGGUUCUCUCUCCAAAUCUAAGAAUUGUGAUGGAUUUCAAAGGCCUGAGACCCGUGUGCGGUGUGACCCGUCGAUGGCUGUGCCCUUGUCUUUUUGGACAAACCUUCAGCUCUCAAAGGCCAGCAUUUCUACCCAUCAUGGAACGUUGGCAGCAAGUUGAGUUGCAAGUGGCAAAUGACGUCACUUACAGAGGCCGAAAAACGUUUGCAGUUGUGGCCCAACCAUUUACGCAGCAUCUGAUCUUCCCUCGACGCAGGGACUUGGCGGGUGUCAAUGUCACUGAUCACACCUACCUCUCCGAGGACUGCCAUCAUUUCAGUCAGAAAGCUUAUGCCAGAGCGGCGAACGCUCUAUGGAACAACAUGCUGGAGCCUGUGGGAAACAAAAGCACAAACUGGCAGGUGGAGUUCGAGCGUUUUCUUUGUCCCACCGAAGACCGACCCUUCAUCUACACGGCCGAUAAUUCCAAUUUACCUGUAGCUAACAAACAACCAAAUUGAACGCGUUGCAAAUCGCUUUGUUUAGAGUUUAUCAGAAGUGAGAAACACUUCAUAUUGUCAGUAUUGUUGAAACGGGUAACAUUGUUGUUAUUCAUAGACAAUACUGACAGUUGGAAUAAAAUCUAACAGCUUUUAUUGGUAGCGAGAUUGAUUUUGAACUGUCAGCAUUGAUCAAAUGGGUGUCAUUGAUGCUAUUUAUGAGGAGUGCUGACAGUGAGGAAUGAGUCCCACCAAAUAUCCCAAGCGCAAAGUUCAACUGUUGAACAAACGGCCUACCGUUAAAAGGCUAAAUUAUCUUUGAGGACUUAAUGCUACUCUCAUGAUAAGGAUUUUUUUUAUCAAGGGAAAGCUGGCAUAAAUUCAAAUUGAAUAAUCCAAUAGUGUUGGGAAGUUAAGCAUAGACUUCUACAAAUAAAAUUAAUUCGUGAAUCGCAACAUAUUAAUGAUUAAUUUGUGGCUGUAUAGCUUGUCCUCAUCUCUUAGGGCAUAUGACUUAUGGCCAGGUGUCAAUGAGUUUAGAGGUUUUAGUAAAUGGAGCGAGUUAUAUAAUUAUUUGAAAUGGAAAUUAUUUCCUAGUUAUUUGUAUACAGAACUAGAUCUUAUAUAUUUUUUUGAGAAAUUCAUUGAGCUUAAAUUAUAUGUUGAGUUUUGUAGACAAUAGUUUUGCAAUGAUCUAUCUGCUCACAGAACUUGAGCAGAUCUAUGCUCUUUCAAUCCAUGAAUAGGUUUACUAAUCAGGUAAUCAGCCUGUUUGAAUUUAUUCAAUUGAUCUUUUGAUUGUUAAUACUCGUACAAUAGCUAGCUGUAAUAGUCAGAGUGAUAGCAAGUGAUUCAAACUGUCAUAGGAAAGUGAAAAGUGUCUAGGGAAAAAAUUUAACUUUGAAUCAUAGAAUAAUGGAACACAUUGUAUCCUCUUUGAUAUUUUAAUAGUUCAAAAAUAUUUUCUAGAAGUUUUAGUCACAGUUGAACGUGAUUAGACCUAGAUCUAAAACAAGUUGUGAAUACAUUGUGCAAAUCUCUUUCUAUGAAUAUUACGAGGGGUAUCAUAAUCAUUGUAAUGCGUCUUAUUUCAUUGAAUUAUGAUAAUUCUAUAGAAUGUAAGUUCCUAGUCUCUUUGUGAUUUCCAUUUUUGAUGGGAAUAUCAACAGAUUUUUUACUUAUAGUAUCAGUAUAUGUAUAUAUAGUGUAUGUAGAGGGUAGAAUAAUGAAGUACAAAGCAAGUUUAUCACAAAUAAACAAUAUUACAAGAGCGCAAUUAUUUAUCUUAAUUUAUCUUAAUUCAAUGUUGAUUGAAUGCUUUUCCAAUCAAUGAAAAGUCUUUGAGGGAAGAAAAAAUAUUAUUUAUAGCUUAGAUUUUAAGAAAACAUGUUUCUUUCGUUUGUUCAUGUUGAAUUGAAGAUAUAUAUGUACUGUAAUUUAACAUAGGCUAAUAAUAACUAAUCAAUAUUAACAUAUUGCAGGACCUCAUCCUAGGUUCAAAGCCUACUUCAACUAGAAUUAUCAUAGUAUUACUCUAUCAAUACCUCUCAAUGGAUGCAAUAUAUUAUUAUUUAAGUUAACCAAAACUGUUGUAGAUGAAGUAUUUGAGCUCUGAUCUACAUUUAUAAAAUCCUACUCCCAAAAUCAAAAAGCGUGUAUUAAUCCGAUCAAUUGGCUACAUAGAUCUGCAAAGAAAUUUCAAUAAAAUUGUUUCAUCUUUCCUUUCAUCGUAUUUCCAUCAUGUACCGUCCACCUUCUACAUUCCUCAAUUUGAGCUAUACAACGCCAAUUCCCAAAAAUGGGAUAAACAUAAUAAUGAGAUCAAUAAUGGGAUCAACAUAUUCUUGAAUGUGCUAUUUUCACAUUGGAGUCGGAAUAAUCAUUUAAUGGUUGUAGAAUUUGAAAAUGUACUCUUUUCCAUGCGACC